AUGGAUGGCAUGAGUUAUGUUCGUUUGGGUGAAGAGCCCUAUAUGCAAUUAGACAAGAUGAAACUCAGAAACUAUUUUCCGCAUGAAAUAGAGAAGUUGAGUGUCGUUAGGAUUACACAAACAAAGACUUUUGAUGAGAUCGGACAUCCAGUUAAGGGAGGUCUAUACGAUCCUGCCAUGGGUCCUCACAAUACCGAUCGUUGUGAAACUUGCCAUCAGUAUCAGGUUCACUGUCCAGGACACAUUGGACACUUAAGGCUAGAUGUUCCUGUAUUCAAUCCCCUGCUCUUCAGUUUUUCAUUGAAUUUGUUGAAAGGCUCAUGUGUUCAGUGUCAUAGGCUUACUUGUGGUUCCGAUAGUAUUGAUGCUAAAGUUCUUCUAGUCCAACUAAGAUGCUUUGAACUUGGAGUUCCUCAUUUAGUUCAAGCUAUGGCUAGUAUCUACAAAGAUAGGCUAACCAAUAUGGAUGUUUCCGAAAAGAUAACAUUGGAAGAAGAAAUGCAAAUUCUCGCCGAAGUUGAUAAAAUGAUUUCAAAAGCUGAAGGAAAACCUUAUUCUAAAUUGAAAGGAGGAAUUCCCGAUAAGAACACUGUAGAUUUAAGAAAAGAAGUAGUCUCUAAUUUUUUAAGAAGUCAUUUGUUCAAACGUCGUGAGAAAUGCCCAUUGUGUAAAGGCAAGAAUGGAAAGCUUACGAAUGAUCAAGCACGGUGUAUCAUCUUGAACUUCUCUUCGACGAGUAAAGGAAAAAAGGUUAACACAUAUAGGGAUGAGUUCGAGGUUGAAGAAUCGGAAAACGAAUCCGAUAAAGAGAAUGACUUGGGUGAUCUUGAGAAACUCGGCUACGGUGGAGUUGAAGUAACGGAAGGUACUCUGGAGGAGCAAUUGAUUGCUGUCCAAAAAGGAAGCUGUGACAAGCUAGCCUGGAGAGCUGCAGAAGUUCGUGAACAUUUCCGUUUAUUGUUCAAGAACGAUGGAGAGUUUUUGUUGAAAGUAUUCCCUCUGCUGAACGAUGAAGGGGCUAAAGAUUGCUGCCCUCUUGAUGGUCUUUUCUCGGAACUCAUAAUGGUUCCACCUACGAAAUUCCGCCCCAUUCGUUUAUUCCAAGGACAGAACUAUGAAGAUCCACAGUCUGUUAAUCUUCGAAAACUUCUUGAAGCCACAGAAACUAUCAAGGCUAUUUCGUUGGUUAUGAAGGGAGACAAAUCAGCCAGUCUAGCAGAGUUGAUCACUACAAGAGUAAUGGGAAGAACAAUAAACGCUAAGAUGCACAACGCUUAUGUUUUCCUACAACAGAAGAUGAAUGCCAUUUUCGAUGAAGAGUUGGAUCACGCUAACGAUAAGCUCAAAGCACCAGGAAUCAAACAGAUUUUGGAAAAGAAACAGGGACUGUUUCGAAUGAACAUGAUGGGAAAACGUGUGAAUUAUGCCUGCAGAUCGGUUAUCACCCCUGAUCCUUACCUAGACAUCGAUGAGAUUGGUAUCCCUGAAGUCUUCGCGAAAAAACUGACUUUCUCAGAGCCUGUAAACAUAUAUAAUAUGCAGUACUUGAGAAAAUUAGUGGAGAAUGGUAACGAAAAACAUCCUGGAGCCAACUUUGUAUUCAAUUCCAAUCAGAAGAAAGUUAUACUUACUUCUGAUAAAGAGAAGCAUAACUUGAAAACUGUAUCAAAAUCGUUACAAUCAGCAAACGGCGAUUACAUCAAAGGUCCAAUGAAAGUUUUGAGACAUCUCAGGAAUGGAGACAUGAUGCUCAUGAAUCGUCAACCUUCUCUUCACAAACCUUCUAUUCUGGGUCACAGAUGUCGUGUCUUGCGAGGACAAAAAGCUCUUCGGAUGAACUACGCUCCAUGCAAAGCUUACAAUGCUGAUUUCGACGGUGACGAAAUGAAUGGCCAUCUUGUUCAAUCUUUUAUUGCUCAAUCUGAAGUUUCGGAAAUAGCAAAUGUUGGAAGUAACCUGCUUGUACCUAAGGACGCAACCCCCUUACUUGGAUUGAUUCAGGAUCACGUUGUUUCUGGAGUUUUGUUGACCCUCCGAGGAAGAUUCUUGAAUAAGGAAGAUUUCAUGCAUCUUGUGUUAGCAGCUUUCUCAGAAACAUCGGAGAGAAUUGAAAUCCCCCCUCCUUGUAUGUUGAAACCUCAAGUGCUUUACAGUGGAAAGCAGGUCAUCUCCUGCAUUAUGAAAAAUUGUAUUCCGGAAGGAAAACCUCUCAUCAAUUUAGCAGGAAAAGCCAAAACUCCACUCUCGUGUUGGAGAGUGCGUGGCUAUUCGGAUCCACAGUUUGACAUGAGUGAAUCUGAAGUAGUGUUCAGGCAAGGUGAACUCCUUGUCGGAGUAUUAGAUAAGGCUCAUUAUGGAGCUACGCAAUAUGGUCUUGCUCACUGCUGUUUUGAAUUAUAUGGUCCUAAGAUUGGUGUCAAAGUUUUAUCUUGUUUUUCAAGACUUUUUACUACAUACUUACAAUUCCACGGUUUUACUCUGGGUGUUGCCGAUAUUCUUAUCCGUAAAGAGGCUGAUCAAGAAAGAACUAAGCAUGUAUUGGAAAGUAGGACCAUUGGAAAUCAGGUCGUUAUCAAAACUUUCGCAUUGUCCGAAAACGCCACUGAAGCCGAAAUCAAGAAUGCGCUUGCUACGACAUAUAAUAAUCCAGCUGGACAGGGAACUGAUGUUAAGAUGUUGGAUUAUGGAAUGAAACAAGGAAUUUCGAAAUAUAACGAAGCUAUCACAAAAGCAUGUGUACCAACUGGUUUGAUUCGGUCUUUCCCAGAAAAUGCCUUACAAGUUAUGAUCCAGUCUGGUGCUAAAGGAUCAUCUGUGAACGCUAUUCAGAUUUCUUGUUGUCUCGGUCAAAUCGAACUUGAAGGAAAACGUAUGGCCGUUACUGUAGCGGGUCGCACUCUGCCGUCUUUCAAAGCUUAUGAUCCUUCCCCUCGUGCUGGUGGUUUCAUUGACCAACGUUUCUUAACUGGAAUCAAUCCUCAAGAACUAUUUUUCCACACAAUGGCAGGAAGAGAAGGUUUGAUUGAUACGGCUGUAAAAACAUCCAGAUCUGGAUAUCUUCAAAGAUGUAUCAUAAAACAUCUGGAAGGAAUCAAAGUUCAUUAUGAUUCUACUGUUAGAGAUCAUGAUGGAUCAAUCAUUCAGUUCCGUUAUGGAGAGGAUGGGUUGGACACAUGCAAAGCUUCAUUCUUAUCUCCUAAGACUUUCAAAUUCCUCGAGGAUAACAUUGAAGCGGCAACUAUGUGUUGUAAACCGAAGUCGGCUAGAGAUGCUGAUUAUUCCGUGUAUGAAGCCGAAAAACAGUAUCACAAAAUCCAAAAAUGGAAGAGAAAGAAGGCCAAGAGGAACAUUCAAACAAAACUUUAUCAAUCUGGCUUCACAGAGUUUUCUGCGGAACAUAUAGGUGCUGACAAAAAGGCAAUCGUUGGAAUGUGGGCUGAGUUAUCAGCAAGUGAAAAGAAGGUUUACGAAAAGAGAGCUCCAAGUAGCUGUCCUACCCCUGUAGAUGAGAAGUUCAAUGUUAAUCGUGUACUGGGAGCUCUACCUGAAAAAACUUUAGAUCAAAUCUAUGCGAGUAGUGAAGAUAAUGAAAAGUUAAAACGAACAUUAAUGUGGAAAGGAAUGCAAUCAUUGGCAACGGCUGGUGAAAACGUUGGACUUCUAGCUGCUCAAUCCAUUGGAGAGCCUUCCACUCAAAUGACACUGAACACUUUCCAUUUCGCCGGUAGAGGAGAAAUGAACGUCACUCUUGGUAUUCCUAGACUUCGAGAAAUUUUGAUGACAGCUUCACAAAACAUCGCAACGCCUAGUGCACAGAUUGCUAUAUUACCUGGAUCUACGAGAGAACAGAUUGACAAAAUCAAACAAGAUCUGGAUCGUGUCUUCUUGAACCAAGUAUUACGAAACUUUAAGUUGGAAGACCGUAUCAACUUAAGCAAUGGUGAGCGAUGGAGAAGGUACAGUCUCCGAUUGGAGUUGCUUCCUGCUGAACGUAGAGAGAAGGGAACACAACAUCUUAAGCGUCGGAAAAUAAUGAAAGAGAUUGAAAAACGAUUCUUGAAAAACAUUGCUAAAGUUAUGGAGACUAAAAUCAAAGCUGUUUCUACUUAUCAAUCAAUGCAAACCAGAAAGUUGAGACAAGGAAAUCUUGCUGCAGGAGUUGGUACUGACGCUGGAGAUCCAAGACAAAGACGAAGAAUCGAUGAUGGAGCUUCGUCAGAUGAGGAAGCCGAUGGUGGACAAGAUGCUGAUGCUGCCGAAAGGAGAUUACACAAUCGUCACAAUGAUGAGGCGGCUGAUUAUGAGGGAGAAGAUGAGGACAGAGGAGCUGUUGAGAUGGAAGAUCCCAACGAGACAGUAGCUCCAGAAGGAGAGCCAGAGGAGGAAAAGGAGGGAAGCGAGGAUGAUGAAUCUCAGGAUGACGAGGCAACAAAGAAAGAUGAAGAUAACGAAAGCCCAGAGUACCGUGUUCGGCAUGUUAUUCAAUCUGCUAGCUUAAUAGUGGAGUACGAGUUCGACACCAAAAAGGAUAGAUGGUGCCGUGCAGUUUUCCAAACUCCUCUGAGUAGUAAAACGAAACUCGAUAUGGCUUCUAUAAUUGACUAUGAAAUCUCCAAGUUCAUCGUUCAUCAGACUCCUGGAAUAGAAAGAUGUGUGGAAGACAAACAAAUGAAGGAUGGAAAGGAAGUAACUUAUAUUCAAACUCAAGGAGUCAACCUCCAAGCUCUUUUCCGUCAUUCUGACUGUCUGGAUGUCAAUUCUGUCUACUCUAACGAUCUCAAUUUGAUCUUGAAUCAAUAUGGAGUUGAAGCGUGUGCACGCGCUAUAGUUACUGAAAUGGCCAAUGUUUUCGGUGUUUACGGAAUCGACGUCUCCAAAAGGCAUCUGUCCUUAACAGCUGAUUACAUGACGUUUACGGGUAUAAUUGCUCCAUUCAAUCGCGGUGCUAUGUCCUCAAGUGCGUCACCCCUUCAGAAAAUGACUUUCGAGACAACGAUCGCUUUCCUUCGAGAGUCCAUCCUUCACGGCCAAGAGGAUCAUUUAACAUCGCCGUCAGCCCGUUUAGUAGUUGGAAGUUUGAACCGAGGAGGUACAGGAUCCUUUGAUCUCAUGUCCACUCUGAAAUACUCCAAUAGGUUUAUCGAGAAACAGUCCUUUUCAAUAGAGGCUAAGCGGGUCCUUUCAAGCAAACGUCUUUUAUAUGGACACGAGACUCCGCCCCUACGCGCAUCAGAGCACUUCGACGGUCGUCCUAUUGCACCCGACACCGUUGUCGAUGACGUGGGAGACCAGCCGGGCACGAGGCCAAGUACCGCCCUGAAGAAUCGCCGUCGUAUUCCAACGAUUUAG